AUGGCGGUAUUCAAGCAGUGGAUGAUGCAGGAGAUCUUCACGCCUGAUGAAGAGACCGUCGUGGUGGUCUCUUUAUCUUCUUGUUGGCUUGAGCCGGGAAGACCACCGACACUGCGAAAUGGCUUCUCCAAUCUCUACCUAUUCCCCAUCCUUGGAGGGCCCGAAAUUACCAUCCCUCUUGGCCAAAUUCCUUUCCAGCCUCUGGUCAGUGGGCGCGUGGAGCAAUUGCCUGUUGGACUUUCACUUCUUGCGGCACCUGGAGAGGACAUGAUGCUCGUGGUCCUCACGCGGCAAGUCCUGGACCAUUCAGGACGGCCAACCUACGUCUUGACAGGAAAGGAGAUGUACAGAGCGGCCGAGAACCGAGAGCUCUAA